GUAGAGAAGCGGAGAGAGGGCGGAGCGUGGCCGAGGCGCAGGCGCAGGAGGGCGGGCGAGCUGUGUGCGCAUGCGCAGCCUGAGCCAUCCCAGUAGCCUCCAGCACAAGAUGGCGCCGCGGGAAUCUCUACCUCGACCUGUGUGAGGGAACGCUAAGUAACGCCGCCGUGUUUCAGGUAAUUGCGAAACCCUGGCCGGGGGAUGCAGAAGGGCUACCGGCCAGAGCCCUUAGUCUUCUCGGCGUCUUUUGAAGCUCUGCCUUGUUCCUCAAGAAAGCAGAGGCUGAGCCCCGGCGGGUGCGAUGGCCGCGGUGGUGGCCAAGCGGGAAGGGCCGCCGUUCAUCAGCGAGGCAGCCGUGCGGGGCAACGCGGCCGUCCUGGAUUACUGCCGGACCUCGGUGUCAGCGCUGUCGGGGGCCACUGCCGGCAUCCUCGGCCUCACCGGCCUCUACGGCUUCAUCUUCUACUUGCUUGCCUCCAUCCUGCUCUCCCUGCUCCUGAUCCUCAAGGCGGGAAGGAGGUGGAACAAAUAUUUUAAAUCACGAAGACCUCUCUUCACAGGAGGCCUUAUCGGAGGCCUCUUCACCUACGUCCUGUUCUGGACAUUCCUCUAUGGCAUGGUGCACGUCUACUGAAAUGAGGGCAGGGGUGCCUUUUUUAAAACAUCAGAUUGGAAGACUGUUGCCAGAAAUUAACACCGUGUAGACUUACUUAGUUUUUAAAUUGUUGAAUUCGCUGCUUGUUCUGUAACGUUAUAAAUAAUUUAUAUCUGAAGACAGAGAGCCUGUAAUAUUCUUCAGAUUAAAUGAAGUGUGAGACACUU